AUGCAGCCUACCGACGAACAUCCGAAGAGGUCAGGCAGACAGCUCUCCAGCUUUUCGGUCUUCAUCGAUCAGCCCACUCCCCGACAGCGUAAUCGAAUCCACAAUCAAGUUGUCAAAAGAGCAAUAGCCAACAUUGGAAGACGCCGCGAUCAAUUCGUGACAGCAUAUAGCCAUGUCGAUUUUCCAGACACCCAAGACCCGAAUCGAUGGCGGUCCGGGCAGAGCGAAAUAGUCGAUGAGUACGACGCGACCGGAGCUGUGGUGUUGUCUCCACGGUCAACUGUAACGGCAGGGGGGCUUCGCGGUGACCCAUUCAGAUCAUUCCCGAUAAGAGCUGACGGCUGCGUGCCGUCAGCUGUCGACUACUUUCUGCAGCAUUAUGCGCCCGUCCAUCUCAAUCCAAAGAAGGAAGAUCUAGGCCCGGCUGACAGUUUGCCUCUGUCGAGAAGAUAUUUUUCCCUGGCAUUGGAGAAUGCGCCGAUGUUUGAGCUGAUGGUCACUCUCGCUGAGGCCUCGCAUUCGGCACGGCUGGGCAAGGGUCGAAAGCCCACGAGAGAUGUUCUGAUACACUAUGGUCAUGGGCUUCGGGCACUACGCUUGAACAUGGAGAGGAGUGCUGCCCCGGACGAUGACGCUACCAUCCUUACUGUUCUGUUGUUGCUGGGAAUUGCAUUGAUUUACAAUGAUUUCGCCGCAUUCGAGACACAUUUGACUGGUUUACGACAGCUCGUUGAAAUGAGAGGUGGUGUCGAUAAUCUUGGUUGGGAUGGUUUUCUGAAGACCAGUAUCGUCAGUCUAGAAUCGUUAUGGGCUUAUCACGAAAACAAGAAACUCAACAUUGCCCCAACUGAAGCCAAAAUCAAGCUCGAAUACCCGAGACAUCCCUUUCCUCCAGACCUUUGUGCAUUAAUAGCCAAGCUUCCUGAGGGGUUUGGAGAACUCUCGCUAGUAGGGGUUUUCAGCUUCCAGAUGAUCAAGAUUCUAUCACGGAUGUCCGAGUGGAUCAAUCAACUGCAGCACGGCCGCCAGGAAGGAGCGUUACGGCUGGGAGACCCCGAUGGUACAUAUUUCAAACAAGCUCAUUCUUGUUUGGAGCUUAUCGGUCUUCCAAGUCUGAGUCUCCUGGAGAAGAUCCUCUGUUGUGCUCUGGUAGCAUGUGCGCUAGAGACGUACAACAAGAAGCCACAGCAGAAUCCCGUGCAUCGACGUUUGCUCGAGUCCCUCACAGAGAUGUUGAAUAGGUAUAAUCUGGACCCUCUGGAUAAGGAAUGUUCUAUGUGGAUGGCCUUGGUUAUAGCAGGGCCUUCAUCUUUGCCGAAAGAGGACGGAGCCGAUUAUGACAGGCUGGCCUAUUCGCGAAACAUACUCCUCGAUCAGAUGAUUGAGAAAUCAGUCAGUUCAAGGAAUUGGGAAUGGGUGAAGCAUUCAGUACAGAAGUUCUUUUGGGAUCAGCAGCUCCUUGAAAGGUGGCACGACACGUGGGAAUUGCGAUUGAUGCGAUAUCUAACGAUAAAAAAGAGCAAAAGACAAGAACAAAGCUGA